UUAAAUUACAUAAAUUGUAUUCUCUUCAGUGGCGUUCUGGAGCUAAGACAACUGCCGGAAUGUGCUACUAAAGAUUCGUAAAUGACAGCUUUGAAUCCACAGCACCAUGUCAACCUCUCGCCACUAGACAAUCCUCGUUAAGAGGACAUGAUGCGCAGUUGGAGGAGGGAGAGGCUUCUUCCUGAAGACCAGGAUGUAAUGGCUGGACGACCUGCAUGAUCAACAGAGGAAACUCCCCACUACCACCACCACCACUACCAACAUCACCACCACCACCACCACCACCUUCCCGAGAGCAAAGGGCAUUUUGAGUUACCAGGCAUGGUGACUGUUCCCUGAUGUAUUAGCUCCAAGCCAUCGGCAGUUGACAACGGAGCAGUGAGGUAACAACUUGGAGCAACUUGGCCACAACACACAGGCUUAGCGAAUACUUAAAGACUUCAUUACCAACACAUCAGCUCAGAAGCAGCAUUUUAUCUUAACCAAGAUGAAUAAGCCACAUGACAGGAAAACCAAAAGACGACAAAUGUAGUGCCACUUGACUACGCUUGUCCAGAGCUGAGUUCGCCACACCCUACAGCCUGACCUAUGACCUCGCAUCAUAUGUUCUGCUGGAAUCUUGAAUUUCCAUUCUGCCUUGCAGUUUAAAGUUAUUUUUGUUUCAUUCUGCUUUAAGCAUGCAAGAUAUUGGCACCAUUCUGUGAAGAACCAAAGCCUCGCCCUUUAUUUAAUUUUUAAAAAAUUUAUUACAAAACAGCAAUAUGGCGUUCAUGAAAGUCGCUUUUGGGGGUGAUUUACUAGCUCCUGAAAUUACUACUGCUGAAAGCUUCAGUUCAGCUAUUGGGCAAAUGCUCAACUCCAACUUCAGACCGACUGACAAUAUUGUGACCACAACCGCUCUUUAUGUCAACACAAGCUUUGAGCAGGUCAUCGACAAUGAAUUUUUUGAUGAGCUGAACAAAAAGAUGGCGAGAUCGAUGUUGGCCACGUUGAUCUACAUCAGCCUCCUGAUGAUCCUCGGCGUGGUGGGCAACACGAUGGUGUUCCUGGUCUACUACAAGAGGUUCAAACCCAGCGCCACGCGCACAUACAUCCUGGUCAUGAGCGUCUUCGACCUGCUGGGCAACGUGAUGUCACUUCCCGGAGAGAUCCUCGACAUCCGGUUUUCCUUCACCUUUGACUUGCCCUGGCUGUGCCGCAUCUGCCGCUUCAUCAACAGCUUUCUCACCUUAGUCUCCGCCUUUGUGUUAGUGGCCGUGGCGAGGGACAGGUACUGCAAGAUCUGCCGACCCCUGCAGAAGCAGGCGACACCUCGCCAGAUCGCGGUCUCUGUGGCAGUCUGCAUUGGCGUCGCCGUCGCCCUCACCAUCCCGUUCGCCGUGCUGAACGGGCGUCACACUAUCCCCACAGGUGUGACGAACGUCACGGGCGUGACGUGCUCCAUCGACGACGCUUUCGUGUCGACGCCGUUCCCGAUGGUUUACAACGCACUGAUGGCCCUCGCCUUCAUUAUCUGUGUGACCAUCAUGGUUGUGUCGUACGUGGGGGUCGGACGUCAGCUCUGGCAGCACCGGAAGCGCUCGAAGAGCAUCACCGGACAGGCCAGUCUGAAGACUCCCGGCGGCUGGCGUAAGCCGUCGUCUACUGGUGACACGACAAGCAGUUCCAAGAACGAAUCGGCCAGCUCGGAGCUGCCGGCGAGCUCUGCUCACUCCGAGGAGAUUUCCCUGGACUCUCUACAAGCCGGCGGCCAUCAGUCCUCCCAGCAGCGGCGGCGCGCGCACUUUGUUCCGUGCUUUCCUCAAGCAGAAGUCCAGCUCCUGAUAGUCGAUGGCACCGACCGAAACCUUCGUCCCAUCAAUGCGAAGCCAUCUGAGAAUCGUGAUUCAUCUGUUGCUGCCGAGAACAGGUCGACUACACCCGUUCAGAGUCAGAAGAGUUCUUCCUCCUUUUCGCAAGCCGAUGUUAAGCAAGGGAAGCAAAUCAAACGCGCAAAAGCCACUUCUAUCAAGAAGAUUCCGAAGAGCACGACGAUGAUGAUGUUUGUCCUCACCGCUGUCUUCAUCAUCAACUACCUGCCGCACCUCCUCAUCAUCAUCGCACGCGCGGUGUCUGAUGACGUGGGAAAGGGGUUGGUGGGAUGGGAGCUGAACAUCUACAACAUCGCCCUCCGCUCCUACUUCUUCAACUGUGCGGUGAAUUCGCUCGUCUACAGCUUCUGCAGCGCCAGAUUUCGGCAGGAGUGUCGCAGUCUUGUAACGGGCAAGGAUUCUCUCCUCGAGAUCAUGGGUUAUUAUCCUCUGUUGAUGGAAGUUAUACCUGACCCCAACAGCACACGCUUGUCAGAAAAAGAUGCUCGUGAUUUAUUGCAUCGUGAGGAGGAUGAGGAGGCCUUGGAGCUUCUGCCCUCCUUGGUGUUCAUGGGCCUCCAGGCCAUCGCGGGCAGUAUGGGUAAUCUUCUGGUUCUGCUCGUAUACUACAAGAGGUUCCGGCCGAGCUCCACCAGGACCUACAUCCUGACGAUGAGCGUCUUCGACUUCCUUUUCAACGUGAUCUCCAUACCAGGGGAGAUAACAGAUAUCCGUUUCACGAAAACGUUCAACAACCGCUGGCUGUGCCGGACUUUCAGGUUCUCCAACAUUUUCCUCACGCUCGCCUCUGGCUUUAUUCUCGUAGCUGUGGCUCUUGACCGCCGUAAGAAGAUUUGUCUUCCUUUGAAGCACCAGUUGAGUCCGAAGGAGGUCAAGAGGUCAGUAUUCUGGUGUGUAUCUGUGGCCUUUGUUAUCGCAGUUCCAUUUGUUGUCCUCAAUGGUCGCCAUACUGUCCCUACAGGUAAUCCCUAUGUCAACGGUUCCACCUGCUCCGUGGACGACAGAUACAUCCAUACUCCAUUCCAGCUUAUCUACAACGUUAUUCUUGCCCUGGUCUUCUUCGCAUGCGUGGGUACUAUGACAACGGCCUACGUCACGAUCGCGAACAAGAUAGUGCAGCAUAAGCGCCAGUCGGCAGUGUUUAGUCAGAGCGAGGCUAUUGGCUUGAGAGGGCGCUUUGAAAGCGUGGCCAUGUCGGAAGCUUCAGUGAGUUCCUCGAUGAGGUCUCAUGUUCAUGUCGAUAACCGGCACGAGGUUUCGUCAGGCCCUGACGACGAAGUGUUCAACAGGAGGCCUUCGGUGUCUUCCGGGUACGGGGACAGUCACGCCCCUUCUCAUUCUGCUAGCGAAAGCCACGCCCAUCGCCCCACCCGGACCAGCUGGCUGAAGUUCAGGCGCCGGCACAAGAUGAAGACGCGACGCAGCUCCGAAGGCAAGGCCACGCCCACCAAAGCUCACGAAGAGGAAAUGGAGUCGUUGGCGGAUACGCAAUCGGAAUCAGAAACCCAGAAACUUCACCACCACUACCACCAUAACAACCCCCACCAUGAGGACGGAAGGCUCAAUGGAAGUGUGAGUAAAAGUCCUACAGGUCCAGCAAAGAGCAGCCAACCUCAGUCUGACUCUGAAGAGAAUCAACUGCGCGAGACCCGUGUGCAAAGUCUAGCUCGCGGCCUCUCCGAAGAGUUGCUCUGCUUUCAUCACUCCAGCAAGGGGUUAAAACACAUCGAAAGAACUCGAUCAUCCAGCGAAGGUGACGUGCCUGUUGGAGAUGAAGUCAGUAGUGUUCUCCAGCUUGGACCGUUCCAAGGAGAUGAAUCCCCGGACAGGACUGAAAGGGACAAGAAAAAAUGCGUAGAAAGAGACUUAGAAGAAAAUGGCUUAGAAAUGAACUCAGAACUCAGAGUAGACAAAAGCAGUGAAGCCGGCAAGACAGGUCGACUAGGUCCACGGGUCGACUUCGUAGGCGACGUUGGUUCCGAGCCUGGACAGCAAAAGUCUUUGUCAUCAGUGAGGUCGGAGUCUCCUACAAUGGCGUCCAGUGGAGGGAGGGCCAAGAGCAAGUCUGUUGUCACAGUUUCCUCAAGUCCCAGUGGCAGCAUGCGCGGAAGCGGCGGCAAAACUGACUCCCUGUCUCGCUUCGGCGCCUUCGUCAACGGCAGCAUCCGCCGCCUCCGCUCCUUCGGCGUCGACGACAACGACAACAUCAAUGGCAGCACGAGGUCGGCAUCGGGCGUGCGGCGGCGCCACACGAGAAAGCGGAUCCCUGCGCGCACCACCUGGAUGAUGUUCGUGCUGACGGCGAUCUUCAUCAUCAGCUACCUCCCUUACCUCACCAUCACGUGCGUGCGGGCCGUGCACCACUCCAUCGACGUGGACCUGACCGGUUGGCGGCUGAACCUGUACAACCUGGCCCAUCGCUCCUACUUCAUCAACAGCGUCACCAACCCCAUCGUGUACAGCUUCUGCAGCGCGCGCUUCCGGCAGCAGUGCCGGCGCCUGAUGUCGUCGAGGGACGUAAUGUCAGUCAGUGACAAGUCGUGAUUAGUAAACAAACUGAUGUCAUGUCGAAGUGACUUCACGACAAUCAGCAAGUCAUGAUAACGAAGAGAGAUCACAAAUCGUGAUCACAAGCGGACAUUGUGUCGGAGACAGGUAAAAAUCUUGAUUAUAGAUGUCGUGUUGAUGACAAAUCAUGAUAGACGUACGUGUAUGUCAUUUUUCUCGCUAACAAGUCGUGAUCGUCAAGUUACACAGGGCAGCUAAUAAUAAAGUUUGCUUGUAUAGUGCAAUAUUUACAUCAACAAUCAGUUUAUGUCUCAUUGCGCUGUACAGUAACUGUUACAUUGAUGUACAGCGAAGGCUAGAUGCGUUCAGGUAUUGUCAUUGUGCAAAGGCAAUCUGAUAUUUCACUUAAAGCAAACAAAGAAAAUUAAUAUGUAUGAAUGUAAAGAGCAAUUUGAGAAUAAGGUGGAGUUCCAGUGAAAAUUAGUCCUCUGUGCAUUACUGAAUUCUUAAAAACAUGCAUGUAUUAACAAAGUUAAGUAUGAAAUAUUCAUGUUCAAUGAAGAGUACUGAUUAAGUGCAAUAAAAUAUAUAAUUCGUUGA